ACGGGGGCGGGUCUUGGAGGCACUCGGAGACAGUGGAGAGAGGGACCCCACUGUAACCCACCGUAGCUUUAGCGCUGUUUUUUUGCUAGCUUGUUUAUUUUUGUGACACUGUCGCAUUAAAGAAAGCAAGCUAUUUCACAAAAGCAUACACGUAUUUCCAGCGCACACCGUCGAGCAAGUUUUCCCUGUGUCGCUGUUUCGCUGUUUUUAAACUGGACUGUUUACACAAUCGUCGUCAGCUGUCGAGGCACCAGCUACCUACUGUGCACUAACCAGUCGUAAAGAUACAGCUCUAGUUAGUAUUAUACAUUCAUGAGACUGUACACAGCUAAGAUUAAAGUAAGCUCCACACACUCUCCGGACCAUGGCAGCCGUGCUACAGCGCCUCCACGCGGCUGUCACCUGUCUGCUCUUGUACUGCUUGAGCGGUGGCCUGUCCAUCCCAGACCCCAGGCAGAGAGAGGCCCUUAUACAGCUGGAGGCCUGCAUGCAGACAGGUGGGCAGAUAGUGUUGACCGAUGCCGAGCAGCGGCUGGACGCUAAACUGUUUAAAAUGAAGCAGGAGGAGGUAGUGAGAGCAGACUUUCCUCCAGCCAUGCACUUCUUCAAGGCCAGACCCCUCAUCAGGACCAGCCCCAUCUUCAGCCUGCUGCAGAAGAUGCCUAAAGGGGGAGCUCUCCAUGUCCACGACUUCUCCAUGGUAGAUGUGGAGUGGCUAGUGAAGAACGUGACGUACCGGCCCCACUGCUACAUGUGCUUCACUGACAACCAGUCCAUCAGAUUCAUCUUCUCCUCCCGAUGGCCCAAAGCUCUGCCGCACUGCUCUCCCUGGACCCUGCUGGAAAACCUCAGGGCCAAGAUGGUCAACACCACAGAUCUAGACAACAGCAUCAUGGGCAACCUGACGCUCUUCACUGAUCAGGAUCCAGAAACAGUGUACCCCAGUCAGGAUGUGGUAUGGGAUAGGUUUGAACAGGCCUUCCUUGCAGUGUGGGGUCUGGUCACAUACGCUCCUGUGUUCAGAGACUAUUACUACCAAGGCCUCACCCAAUUCUACAUGGACAACGUCAUGUAUCUGGAACUGCGGGCUUUACUUCCAAAGAUAUACGAGUUGGACGGCAGCACUCAUGACACAGCCUUGACUCUGAAGACCUACCAGGAGGUCACCAGACAGUUCAAAGCAGAGCACCCAGACUUCUUUGGAACAAGAAUCAUCUUCACAGUCCAUAGGGGAGUAAAUACAUCCGUGAUGACUGGAGCUGUGGAGGAGGCUAUGUUGCUACAGAGAGACUUCCCAGAUAUCAUGGCUGGUUUUGACUUGGUGGGCCGCGAGGACAGAGGCAGACCCCUGUGGUACUUCAGAGAUGCCUUGUCACUGCCAGUAGAGAGAGGGGUGACGCUUCCCUUCUUUUUCCAUGCUGGAGAGACUGAUCUUGAAGGCACAGAGGUGGACCAGAACUUGUUGGAUGCUCUUUUGUUGAACACUUCUCGUAUUGGCCAUGGAUUUGCUCUGCUUCGCCACCCAGUGGCCAAAGCUCUAUCCAGGAAGAGAGGGGUGGCUGUGGAGGUGUGCCCCAUCUCCAACCAGGUGUUGAAGCUAGUUAAUGAUAUGCGAAACCAUCCGGCAGCUGCACUGAUAUCAGAGAACCACCCAGUGGUCAUCAGUUCUGAUGACCCUGCCAUGUUUGGUGCCUCUGGACUCUCUUAUGACUUCUAUGAAGCUUUUGUGGGUUUUGGUGGGAUUAAAUCCCAUAUAGGCUCCAUCAAAGAGCUGGCCAUGAAUUCUAUUAGGUAUAGUUCUUUGACUCCAAAGAAAAAGGUGGAAGCCCUGGAUCUGUGGAAGAUAAGAUGGGCUAAGUUUGUCUCUGAAAAUGCUUUUUAGAAAGAAACUAGCAAUUCUAACAUUACCUGUAGGGCAAUCUUCAAAUGCCUUCAUGCUUCCUUUGAGAAAGAAUAGGAAAAUUAUAAAUGGGAAUGGGAAAACUGUCUUUUCUACUAUAACAAGUUGUGUCUGCUGUGAAAAAGAAAGACCUAUUGCUCCAUGUUGCCACAAAGUGGAGUUGGCUGUAUCCAGUAGAUAAAUUGGCCAGAGUGAAACCGACCUGAUCUAUGUCCCAUAAAAUUUAGGGCUAUUACUGGAACUACACAUAUGAAAUAGCUUCAGUCAGAGGCACCUUAUAAUGUCUAAUUUUAUUAAGGAUUUUUUUUAUGUAUUUGCGCUUUAAGAUUCAGGUUUGCCUAUGUUUUGGGGAACAGUAACAGUGCCAGUCAUAAUUGUUAAUGCUGUUUGAUUUCUUUUUGUAGUGUGUUUGUGGUUUGCUUGUGCUUUGUAAGAGUGUAACAGGUAGCUUGUUAAAAUGGGUGGACUGUAGUAGACAGCUUUAUAGGUUUAUUACUUGAAUUAACUUUUUUGCUUUUUAGCUGUCAUGGAUAUAUAAAAGGGCAUAGUUAACCUUUGCUCAUGCAGGCACAUUUUAUGUAAUCUAUGAAAAAACUGAAAUGUCCUCCUUAGGCUACUUUUUGAAGCAAUAGAUUCAUAUGAACAAUUGUCAGCAUCAUCCAGACAUGUAUAAAUGUUGUGAACUGCAGAAAUUAAAUUUGACAUAAUUACAAACUGUU